AUGAACGUUUAAUCAACUCACUAAUCUACUUUACAGGACUUCUAAGUUAUUCAUGAAUUGGGAUCUGGUUCAUUUAGCAAUGUUUAUAGAGUACAUAUAGUUUGUGUUAUUUUUAGGUGAAAAGGAUUGCGGAUGGAUAAGAAUAUGCUUUAAAAAAAGUCAAAAUAGCUAACCUGAAACCUAAGGAAAAAUAGAAUGCUCUAAAUGAAGUGAGAUUUUUAUAUUCUAUUAAUCACAAACAUAUUGUUGCAUACAAGGUAAGUUCUUUUUUGGAAUUUUAGGAAGCCUUUAUAGAUGAACCGUCUUAAUGCCUUUGCAUAGUGAUGGAACUGCUGUCAGGAGGAGAUGUCUAUAAAAAGAUUUCUCAAGCCAGAGGUUCCACUCCCUUUACAGAAAUGGACAUCUGGAGAGCACUGAUUCACAUUACUUUGGGGUAUUUCGAAUUCAUAUAAUUGAUAGAUUGAAGGCUCUUCACGAUUAAAAGGUAGUACAUAGAGAUCUAAAGUCUGCUAACGUUUUUUUAUCAAGUGAUGGAACUUUCAAGCUUGGAGAUUUAAAUGUUUCCAAAGUGGCCAAAGCAGGCUUUGUAUAUACAUAAACUGGUACUCCUUAUUAUGCCAGUCCAGAAGUAUGGAGAGAUUAACCUUACGAUAUGAAAAGUGAUAUAUGGUAAUUACUAUUUUUAUUUCUAAGGUCACUCGGUUGUGUAAUAUAUGAAAUGUGUAGUUUACAGACUCCAUUCAGAGCGAAAGAUAUGGAUUUGCUAUUUCAAAAGGUCUAGAGAGGAACUUAUGAUUAAAUACAAAGUCAUUUUUCAAAAGAUCUAUCUCAAAUUAUUUCAAGCUUAUUGCAAAUAUAGCCUAAUAAUAGACCAACUUGUGAUUAGAUACUUGCUAAUCCUAUUGUUUAAAAACAUAUGAAGAAUUUAGAAACUAAUAUUGAAACAAAACCAAUUAAUAAAACUCUUAUGGAAACUAUACAAUUUCCAAAUAAUUUUAAAUAAUUGAAAAAUAAAUUGCCAAAGGUACUAUUAAAUUAAAUUAUUAAGUCAAAUUAUGAUGAAGUUAAUCCAAAUGUUAGUGCUGAUAAAGUCUAAGACAAUAAAUCAACUGAUAAAUCUACUAGCCCAUUUCGAUAUCCUCAACAAUAAUAUCUCCCUAUUACUGAAUCUGGAAUCAGCCAAAGCUAAAAUUAAAGCCAAGUCAAUGUGAUACAAGCACAACAACCUUCUCCUUAGUAAAUUAAAAAUAAUUCCAUUUUGGAUAAAAAUCUAAUUGGAGUUCAGCAACCCUAACCUCAAAUUCGCUAAUAACCAUACAAUAAUAAAACUGAGAAGCCUCAAUCUGCCUAACUUAAUUCAAGAUAAAAUCCUUAUGAAAGAGCACAUGAACUGAAAGAACAAAAAGAAAGGGAAAUCAGAUAAUAAAGAGAAAAAGAUUAAUUAUUACGAGAGAAACGAGAGAGAGAUGCAAGAGAGGCUAAAUUAGCCAAAGAAGCUAAGGAGAAAUAAAUCCAAGAAGCUAAAGAGAAGUAACUUUAGGAAGCCAAACUUAGAGAGAGUAGAGAAUAAUAAAGACUAUUAAUGGAGAAGCAACAAAGAGAAUAACAAGAGUAACAGUAAUUUAGAAGAGUUUCUCCAAUCUCCGCCUAACCUCGAGACUAUUAAUAUGCUAACUAUAUCAACUAACAAUAACCCAGAAGUCAACAUUCCUAUUCUCCUAUCACUAGACAAGUGGAAUAAUAAAAUAUUUAAUAGGGUUAUAAGUACAACAUUAUUUCUAUUUAGUGGCUAAAGAGUUAGUUAUGGUAAUUAAGUGCAACAGCGACCAAUAAAUAGCCAAUCAAUCAAUGUGAGUCAAAACCAUCCUAAUCAAUACAGCAGACCCUAUAAUUAAGAAAUAUCUCAGCAUAGAAUUUCUUAAACUCCUCAAUCUGCUGCUCCUAGACAAUAAUACAGUCCUUUCCAAAAGCCAGUUACAGAAAGGUACCCUGCUCAUCCACAAUCUGCACUGCCAUCCUCUAAUAUUAGAGAAUCUUAAAAAUCUGAAAGACCUUAAGUGUUUCCAACCUCAGCCAAAGUUGUUAAAUAAAGAUAAUCUGAUACUAAUUUGAAAAAAGAAUUUUCAUCCCCAACCUAAUAAUAGGCGAUUAGACCUGCUGGAAAACUCACAAGGCAAUAAUCCAAUAAUAUAUUUUAAUAAGUUGACAGAAUUAAGUCUGACCCUAAGCCAUAGAAUAACUUUAUUACAGGCAAUUAUAAUCAUUUUUAUCCAAUUGACAAUUAUAAGAGACAUGUAUCAGAUCAAAAUCUAAUAAAAUAUUAGUAACAAUUCUGAUUAUAUUAUAGACUUCGAUCAUAAGAUAAAUAAGCAUUACUACGUCCACAGAUUAAUAACAGAAAAUAUUGA